AUGGUGCUGCCUGGACGGACGCAGGGCAGAGCGGGACUCUAUGGCCCAGUCGCCGCCAUGAUGGUCUGUGCAGCACUGAUACAGAUUACUUCUUCGCACGAAGAUCUGCACCAUGGGCAUUCGCAUGAGGACUUCCACGGCCCCAGCGAGGCUGACUUUAGCCACCAGCCCAAGGAAGUCCGUGUUCCGCACUCGGCUGAGGGGUCCCCAAGCCACCAGCAGUUGCCUGGGAAGGAGAGGCAGGACUUGGUCAAGCUAUGGACACACGCCAUCGGAGCCACCUUGCUGAUCAGCGCCGCCCCCUACUUCAUCCUCUUCCUCAUCCCCGUGGAGUCCAACACUUCCCAGCACCAGGCCCUGCUCCGGCUGCUGCUCAGCUUUGCCUCGGGGGGGCUCCUGGGGGACGCCUUCCUGCACCUCAUCCCCCACGCGCUGGUGCCCCAUUCCCACCACGCAGAGGGCGGCCAUGCCCAUUCUCACUCCCCCACGGGGUCGGCUGGCCACGGUCACUCCCACCAAGGGCAGGAUCACCAGCGGAUGAUGGCUGUGGGGCUCUGGGUCCUGGCUGGCAUCGUAGCCUUCCUGGUGGUGGAAAAGUUUGUGAGACAUGUGAAAGGGGGACAUGACCACGGGCACAGCCACGGUGGACACAGCCAUGCUCCCAAGGCGAAGAGCAGCUCUGGCGAGGAGGACAAUGGGCCCCAGGAGAGGAAGGCCGGCAAGGUGCGUGCCCCUGACAAGGCAGCCCCCAAGAAGAGGGGCCAGGAGUCAGAGGAGCAGACUCAGGAGUCCACAAUGAAGGUCUCUGGGUACCUGAACCUGGCGGCCGACCUGACGCACAACUUCACGGACGGGCUUGCGAUCGGGGCUUCGUUCCUGGCGGGGGCCGGGGUGGGGGCUGUCACCACCCUCACCGUGCUGCUGCACGAGGUGCCCCACGAAGUGGGCGACUUCGCCAUUCUCGUCCAGUCGGGCUGCAGCAAGCGCAAGGCGAUGAAGCUGCAGCUGCUGACGGCGCUGGGCGCCCUGGCGGGCACGGCUUGCUCACUGCUGGCCGAGGGCAUCGGGGAGGCAGCCACGGCCUGGAUCCUGCCCUUCACGGCGGGCGGGUUCAUCUACGUGGGCACCGUGUCAGUGAUCCCAGAGCUGCUGCGGGACGCAGCGCCCCUGCAGUCCCUGCUGGAGGUGUUGGGGCUGGUCUGCGGCGUCGCCAUGAUGGUGCUCAUCGCGCACUACGAGUAG